AUGGACUUUUUACAGCUGUCAGGUAAGAAAAACCUAAUUUUCUUUCACUAAAGAUGUGGCAUUGUCUUAGCACUGUGAUGAAAAACAAGGAGGACUUCAGAUCAACUAUCUCAAAGAGUUUGUUGAAUUUUUUAGUAUGAUUCUGUUUUCUGAAAGUGUCAAUAAAAAGUGUCAGUUAAUCUUUAAUCAGCUUUCAUUAAGUCUAAUUAAAGAAAAUAAACAUCCUACUCAUGAUUGUGACAUUUAUAUAAACUGCUAACAGUUUUAAUGGGCACCUUCAUGUGUCAGUAAGCAAUAAUAAAUGUGUAAUGUAUGCUGUUAUAACCACAUAUUUAUUUACAUUUAUAAAUGUUUAUCUGUGAGUCUUAUAGGUGGCUGAUGAACUUGAAAUUAAUGCUUAUUACAUGGACUUUAUCUUUUUUUUUCUCUCCAAAUAACCCUCUGUGAAAUUUAAAAGUAUUAAAAUGUUAAGAAGAGGAACUUUAUUAAUCCCAGAAGGGAAAUUCAAUGGUAUUCAAAGGUAUCAGUACAUAUAGAUGAGAACAUCAGUUGUGAUGUCAAACUUUAUAUUCAACUUAGCUGAUAACACAGCCCCUGAAGACCUGACUUCAUACUGUAAAUUACUCUGGAUUUCUUUGUGAUUUGAAGGUUUGAUCUGAAAAAUCCUCUUCUGCAUACUGUUGUCCUUCCUGUGUGUCUUCACUGAGGUGUGCUGUAACUGCAGCUGAAGCUGUUUAUUGAAUAUAAUCAUUCUAUCCAUUUGAAUAAUAUGCAAAGAGAUUCAGGGAUAAAUUCUCUGACCACGAAUGUCCUUGAUGUGUCUUUGAUAAAGACAGCAGCAGAGAAAAGAGCUCUGAAUACAGAAACACAGGGGUCCGCCUGACUCCAGCUGAAAGUCCAUUUAAACUGUGUGUCCAUCAAUUCAUUCAGGUGCUGUCUAACCUGACAGGCACUCUGAGGAUGGUAGAAAUCAGGUGUUUCACAUUACUCAGCCUUUUGUUCUACUCUGACAGUUGCCAUGAGCCCUGUAUGAGUGUGUGUGUGUGUGAACAGGGUUGACACUGACUCUCGCCGCAGAGUUUGAUGAGGGCAGAGUAUUCGUCAGCCUCAUUUCAAUGACCUCGAUCUGAAUGUCAGCUCCAGUUACAGCCAAAAUUACUUUAAUGCAAAAAUUCUUUAAAGUUUACUUCAUCUGCUCUUCAGCGGUGGAGGUUCACCUUCCAGCAGGACAACGACUCUAAACAUACAGCCAUAGCUAUAGUGGAAUGGUUUAGAUUGAACCAUAUUCACAUGUUCAAAUGCCCCAGUCAAAGUCCAGACCUAAAUCCCAUUAAAAACCUGUGACGAGCCUUAAAAAAUGUGGUUCAUUGAUGCUUUCUGUCAAAUUUGACUCAGCUUGAGCUUUUUCGCAAAGAGCAAUGGACAGAAAUGUCAGUCUCUAGAUGUGUGAAGUUUGCACACCACACUUUUCAGAAUUUUAGUUUUAAAAACUUUUGGAGGUCAUGUAUAAUUUUCCUUUCACUUCACUUUUGUGGCACUUUAGGUUUAUCUUUUCUAUCACAUAAAAUCAGCAUAAAAUAAGAAAUGUAGAAAAGUUUUGCAAGCCACUGUAUAGAGUGAGAAAUAAGCCUCACUCAGGCAACUUUAUAGGCACAGAAGCCCUAGAUACACGUUUUUAAGAGAAACACCAUGUCCUGCUUCCUGAUAAAUAUUAGAACAUCUGAGAUAAGAUAGACGACAGUCUGGUGAAACUAAUCUCAAACAAAACCGGUUUAUGUUAAGAGGGAGACAACAACACAGAGACUUGUAUUCACUCUGUCCACAAAGGAGCAUUAAAUCAUGUUCAGGUUACUGACACAAAGUAUUCAUCAUAAAAACAUAUCCUAAAGCGUGUUUCUAUGAUCAAAUGCAGCUCAGGAAAGAUGAUAUCUAUCAAAUGUAAAGCGUGUGUUUGAAAGGUCUAGUGUUUCUCCCCAAAAACCUAACUGAUAUUGGUUGUUCAAGAGAUGAAUAAACUUCAGUCUGUCUCCUUUAGAGCUUGUAACAAGUAUUUAUGAAAUAUGAAUAUGAAAUAUGAAAUAUGAAAUGAAUUUAAUUCAUGUGAAUUUUAAACCUUGAACCUCACUAAAUAAGUCUGGAGGUAAAGUUUUAUUGAUGAUCUUCAAUGCAUCAACUUUGAGUCCAAAUACUUAUUCAGCAGUUUGUUACUGUAAUUUAUACACAGUAGCCCCUCAAGCUGUUAUAUAUAUAAACAUAUAUAUUUAAAUAUUAUAUUUGAAUACUGUACAGUCCCUGACAGCUCAGAUCUGUUUGCUGUUGCUUGGAGGGAUCCCUGAGGCCAACUCAUCCAGUUGUACCUCCGAACUACACGAACAAAAAUAAGUAACGUGACAGUUGAGGAGUCUCCCAAUCAGAUAGUUUGACUGGUUUGAUGGCAAGUCUGUUACAUACCACAGAGUCCUUGUGUAAAUGAAAGGGACAGUUACCAUGUCAACAUAUUAUUAUCAACCUCCCUCCCUGCAUGGAUAUCUAACAUAAAAAAACAAAAAAACACUUAAGCUUAUGUGGUGUCAUUUAGACUGCCAGUGCACAGAUUGCAGGACAGGAUGUGUUUCCACUGUAACCUGUCAGAGCUGGUCGAGUCUGACCAGCCUAAGACACAGGACCCAUCUGAUUUCUCAUAUGACCAUAGUUUCUGUGCUUUAACAGUUUGCUAAACGUCUUUUUAAAAACUUUCAUCUGUACUAACAUAAGCUAACAGUUGUUACCACAGUUUCAUGUGCUUAUCUUAUUGCCUCUGAUUGGCUAUAAGUGCUGACCGUUUGGCUUGAGCAUGUUUGGCCAGCUUUUCUAGCCAAUCAGAGGUGAAGGAGGCGGGACCGUCCCCGGCAAAAGUCUUCCCUGGGAUGCGUCUCCCCCCCCCCCGAGGAAAGUCACAAAAUCGCAUCGCGCUUGAUGUGUAUAGUCAGGCCCGUCUAAAUUCGUCUUCGGAUAUUUCGUACUUUCGUGUUCUAUAUUCUUGUCGGCCCCAUUGUGUAAGGACCUUUAGGCCUACAAAAAAUGUUUAUGUCAAAAUAUAUUACACUUUCGGAAAACCUUAAAAAAGGUCCACUCUAUGUAAAGGUUCUUGAAUAAGUCAAAGAUGUGUUUAUAUAUCUAACCCCCUGAGCUCCACAUUGUCUGAUGAGUGCAGUAUUUGAUGGACUGGAGCUCUAGUCCACCAAUUUUAAGGAACUCACUUUUCAUGGAGUAGUGUAAGACCUUUCGUGGAUGGUUAGAACUUCAAAAUGGCAACAGACCCUGCCUGCUCAGAGACAAAAACUGGGACUGAUGCAGAGAGAGGUCUCCUUUGUCCUCAUGCUUUGUGGUUUGUUUUUCUACUCUCGAUCUCUCGAUCUCUCUAUCUCUCUGUUGAUGUUGGGCUUUCCUUCUGAACAGCCACAAAGUCUUCAGGUGCCUGCGCAAGGUCGACAAACUAAUAGUAAUACCAUCUUCCGCAGGCACCUGAAUAAAUGCGAGUCAGCUGCGCAGCGGUGCCAAUGACCCCCCCCCCUCAAGUGAAUACAACACCCUUCCGUACUACAGGCAACUUUUUAUUAAUUUUUGGACUACUUACGCAUUAAGCCGGUCGGCAAUUGUUUGCCAGGCUGAUUAUGGUGCUGGUGUUGCCUUUCUUACAGAUUAGGGGUUUGACUUCUUCGUAAAGCUCCAUCAGGAGCUGCUGCUCAGCGGGCGUGAAGUAAGUUGCGCGACUGUUGGCCAUCUUCCCAUCCGUGAUUCUGUGGUCGAUCCUGUGGUCUACUUAAGAAUGCCGUUCACAUGCACUUAUCCUGACUAUCAACACCUGGUUUGACAUAGCCGCGCCUUUUCAUCCUGGCUCUGCAAACGUGCAACCAAUUAAGCCAAGAUGCGCAGACUAAGACUAAGUCAAGCCGCGCUUGCUCAGUUAUCCUGGAUUUCGUUAUUCUACUUUUGCGCACUACCCCCCAGUUUGUUCCAUUACAAACAACAGGUGUCCUGUUAUUGGGUCUGCAGAUACAUAGUGCUCAACAAGACAGACAUACAGCAUAUGAAAUAUUUAGUUAAUAAAAACUGUUGUUUUUGGAGUAAACAUGGCUUUGAAUCAACCAACUUGUUUCCAGCGGACAACGAAUAAACGGUGUGUUUUGAAUUUCAAUCCACUAAAGAUCCUUUUAUCUUUAUUUAUAUAUUUGAAGUGCAUCUAUGAAGUCCGUUACCUCACAUUGCUUCAUACAACUGCUUCAGAUUAGGAUUAAAACAAACUCAUGUCUGGUUUAUCACAAACCUCCCUUUAUCCCUCCUUGGAUCUUUCCAGGGACAGGCCUAAAGGGUCAUGGUUUCAAAUCAUAGAAAGUACUGCUGUCAUAUAACAGAAACUUUAUUUAGAUAAUCUCAUUAUAAUCAUCUGUGUGCCUGUAUUCUCUCAAUAGAAAUUACGAGACGAAUUAGUGAAUCACAGAAUCACAUAGAGGUCCUUUUGAUUCAUUGUGGGGCUGAUAGAGGAUGAUUCCAGGCAAAAAUCUGCACCCUCCUACACAUUCAGACUGAAUCUAAACAACAUGACAGAGUGAGCAGUUUGUUCUCUCUCAAAAAUCACGUCUGUUUCUUUUGUUUGUUUCCUUCAGACAGACUAAUCGAGAAGUCGACUGUGAGAGACAAACAGCAGGGCGACUCUGCAGCAGUCAGAGACAGAAACCAGACUCCUGCUGACUUCAGCAGCAUCUACAGCAAAGGUGAGAGCUCAGUUUGCUCAGGGUCACUGCAUCUACACUCCUCAUCCUCCUCAUCUUCAUCCUCAUAGUGACUGAACUGCAUCAGUUCAACUGCAUCAGAUCAUUUCUAAUUCUGUUGAGGCGUUAAAGAAUGAGUGUUCACCAAAGCAAAUAUGAUUUUAAACUCACUCAGCUCUUUUAUCUCUAAAGGUCCUUAUACACCACGGCCGACGUGACUAUGGAACUCGAAAUAUUCGGAGGAGAAUUUUGACGCGCCUGACUAAACACAUCAAGCCUGAUGCAAUUUAGCGACUUUCCGGGGGUAAUAAGACGCAUCUGGGGUGGAAGGGAGAAGACUGACACAACAGUAGACUGACUGUUUUUCAGUUCUGAUCAGACACUACUGUUGAGAUGGCUGUCUGUAGCAUGUAGCAUACUCUUCUGCUGGAAUAUAGAUAGCAUGUACUGAGUCGGGGCCAGUACCAGAUAAGCACAUUAAACUAUAAUCCAUAAAUGUAAGGUAACAACCGAGACCUAAUGGUGCUGUGACAGCAACGCUGUGAUUGAGUUUGAGACAGUGAAAAUACAUAUGGUAUGUUGUAUCUGAACAGGAUAGCUUACGAGCUAAAGUUACUUAGCACAGAUGAAAGUUAAAACAAAGAUGUUUAACAAACUGUUAAAGCACACAAACCAUGGUCAUAUGAGAAAUCCGACGCUAUGACUCUCCACAAGUUGUCUUCAGGUCGUUAUCUUUGCAAUAUUUGUGUCCUUUAUCAAAAAGCACUCUGUUCUCCGAAACAUAAACAAUUAGCCAGUCGGCCAUGAUGGAUAUACCGGUGAAUCAGUCGUCGCAACAACACGCAGUCUGAUUGGUCAGAAGUGGACCCACAGUAUGCGAAACUUUAGAAAAAUCGACCAUGAUCCGAAAAAAUAAAUGCCACAAUAUUGCAGAACGGGGAAACGUUGCUGAUGUGAACGCUUGUAUUGACAGGAUAAGGGUUUGAAAAAAAAAUAUUGACGUCCGAAAUAAUCGCAUGUAGAAAACAGUCCUGGUGUGAAAGGACCUUAAUAAGGAUUUUAAAAAAGUGGGGUUGAGAACGUUUUUAAGAAAGAUAAAGAAAAUCGAUAAAAUGUCUUUUUUUUUAAUUAAUGAGGAGGAAGGGGUUUGAGGAAGGAAAGGAUUAGAAGUGGUCAAGUAAGGAGAGGAUGUGGGAUGGUUGAGGUAUGAGGGAAUAGGAGAUGAAUGAGGAAGCGAGGAAUGGUAGGUGGUUAGAGAAGGAAAAGUAAGAUUUGAUUGAGGUAGGAUGGGAAACGACAAGGUCCAUCAAGAAAGGAUGUGAGAUAGUUGGAUAAGGGAAGAAUGAAGGAUGACAGGUUGACAGGUAUUGAGAGAAAGAAGACAAAGAGGUGGCUGAGGUGGGAAAAAUGAGAGUUGGUAACCCUUUUCUGUCCUCGAGAGGAGGAAGCUUUAAGAGAGAAUCAACAAUUAAAAUACCAAAAUAUUUGUGCUGAUGAAUCUGUGUGAUGUGAGAAAUAAAGGUUGAAGGCAGGUCUGAGGACUCUGAAUUUUUCAUUUGACAGCAGCAGACAGAUAUGCCAGGGACAGAAGAAUGAGAGGUGGUCAGUGUAGGUUUGCAUGAGAGGAUUUGCACGGACCUGAGGGGCAGAGGCUUAAGCAGAAGAUGAUGGGCUGAGUUAGGGGUGUCACGAUACAACUUUUUUUACCUCUGAUACAAAACCAAUGUUGUAGCCUUCAGUAUUGUCUGAUACCAAUAUUGAUCCAAUAUUAGCACAAACUUGUGCAUGACAAGUUUUGCACUUAGCUGCAACGUCUUUUUUUACUUUAAUGAAAAAUACUGCCACAGGGCUGACAUCACUCCUACUCCUUGGUACUUUGUUAGUACCUUAGUACACACUGUUGUUGUGAUCACAUGGACUCUACAUGCCUUAUCUGGGUGCUGCUAGAUAGAGGUGCUGGAGCAGAGUCUGGAAUGGACUGUUUGUAUCGGAGUGCUGAUAUUAGAGAUUUUAGAUGCAGGCUGAUAUAAUUGGAUAUUUGAUUUUUAUGUUGAUAUCGGAUUAGUAGCCGAUAUCAACAUUGUACCGGGACACCCCUAGUCUGAGCUACAAAGAUUCAUCAGCCUUUGCUUUUGGUUUCUGGUUAGGAAGAGGAUCAACACACGUGAAUCCGAGAGUGUUUUUAAAGUUGUUAUAGAUAAAUACAAACUCCAGGCAGUGAAACUGAGAAAUUUACCUAAUGCAAACAGCAAAAUGCAGUUAAUCUCCUGCAGGCUUUCUAUAGCUUCUGUUUGACAAAUAUAAGUUUGUUGUGUUUCUAUAAGACUGUGUUUUCGUACUCAGACCUGCUCCCAACAUCAGGCGGUGAGGCGAUGACAAGAGGAUUUCUGCAGGAGCUAGUGAACAUCCUGAUGGGUUACAUCUCCAAGUCAAAUCAGAGAAGCUCCAAGGUACUUUACAGCCUCUAUCAAUGUCAUUUCAGGACUGUACGGUUUAGAUACUGUUCAGUGUCUCUCAAGUUCACAUACUGAGAUGCUGAAUGAUAUCCAACCCUGUUCAAUCUAUCUUCUGGACAGGGAGUAAUAAGAACAGACAUACAGAGUACUCAUGAGAAGUCAGAUCUGAUUAUUAUGGUUCUGUCUGCUUUAUGUUCAUAAAUGGGCAGAUGUUGGUGUCAUUUUUGAUACAAAGACCAUGAGCCAAACAAAGCAUGCCUGCCACUUCAACUGAAUCCACUGCAUUUUAAAGCUGUGCACAACAAGUAUCACAAAACCAUGUCAUUAGAGUUUAGAAAAAAGCAAUGAUUCUGCUUAUUCAUCAGAGCGGCCCUGUCUCUUGGUAUUCUAUUACUCAGUGUGCUGCAAAGAUGUUAAAAACAAAGAGAUCACAUUUAAAUAAUCAUACAUUCAGUUAAGAUUUUGUUCACAUGCUGAAAUCUGCUUGACACAAAUCAUGCAGAAUGACAGAGAAGAGAACAGAGAAGCUAUGAAACUACAGCAUGUAGAAGUUUGAGUUCAGUCUUAGUUUGUGGUCUCUCUUUUCAGUCAGAGUCGCACUAUCUUUAACCUCCCUGAUAAUAUCAGGGGAUCACCAUGCUCCCGAUAUGUUAAGUAGUUCUUCCUGCGCUUAGGUCCUGGACUUCCACCAUCCCCACCAGCUGAUGGAGGGGUUGGAGGGCUUCAGCCUGAGCUUGCCAGAGCAACCAGAAACUCUGGAGCAGAUCCUGGUGGACUGCAGAGAUACACUCAAAUAUGGUGUCAGUACAGGUGCGUGUGUCUGUGUUUGUGUACGUCAGUUUGUUGGCUCAUUGUUUUUAUCAGCUGUUGCUGUCAGAUCACAAAGUUUGUUUUGGGUCAUGGUGGAGGUAAUGAUGGAGGAGAACGAGUUUAGUCAUUUGAGAAAACAAAUAUACUGAAGCAAACAAAACUUGACACUGAUGCGUACCAAUUAGCAACAGUUUUUGAUCAUUGCAAAAUCACCAAGAAGCAGAUCACCUGUAGUACCUACACAGUAUUGAGUAAGAUAUUGCUAAAGUGAGCCGUAUCACAGGGCAUCUUCAUAAAAAGCAUCACUGAUAAGUACCAACAAAAGAUUAGACACAGGAGAGAGAAAAAGGUAAGAGGCAGGGUGGACAUUCCGCUGUGAAAUUUAUUCGAAAAAUAUCUGUUCAAAACCAAAAUAAAAACAUAUUUGUAAGUAAAACAUGAUUUUAACCCUAAAUUAUUAUGAUGAUGAGCAACAACUGGACUGACUGUUUAAAACAGAUCUGUUCAAACUUGAUGAGGUUGCCUCAAAAGCCCACAAAAGAAGAGAAGAAACCCUUUUAAUGAGUGAAUGUUCAUGUAUCAGUAUGUACUUUGUUUUAUAUUGUCCUUUUGCUCAAUGAUAUUGAUCUGUUCGGCACUCUAACCCCUUGCACCCAUGUAUGUCAUUUGAGCUCAUGUGGGCUGGGCACUUAAACAUGACACCAUCAAAAAAUAAGCACUUCAAACUGCAAACUUUAACUGUAAUUUCCCAACUACUAAACUGUGGCUGUGAAAAUGCUGAGUGACUGGUAACCUUGAAAAACUAGUAGUUACAGAGGGUGGUGAGCAUAAUGACCCUGAUCAUAUAAAUACUUCAGCUUACUUCAUUUAUAACAUAAGCUAAGUCAUCAAUAAAGAUAAUUAAAAAAAAGCUUUCUAAGGCCUUUGACCUUGAUUUAUUUAUUUAUUUUUUUCCCCAGGUCAUCCUCGUUUCUUCAACCAGCUGUCCUCAGGUCUGGAUGUGAUUGGACUAGCUGGAGAGUGGCUGACCUCUACAGCCAACACCAACAUGUAAGACUGGAAAAAAACAUAAACUCAGAUACUGCACAGAAAUACUGCACUUGAAUUUGGCAUAGAACCCUCUUCUUAAGUAGUGAUACCUUUUUUUUUACAGUGACAUACUUAUUUCUGUCAACACAUACUUCUUCAGUCUCUGCAUUUAUUUGUUAGCUGUUUUCUGGUCAUGUUUAAAUCAAUAUAAAUGAUACAAUCUAUCAUUUAAUUGCAGAUCAAACCUCCUCACUUUUGCUUCAUGGCUUUUUAAAAGGAGAAAGAAUUUCUUGUGGGGCUUGUCUUAUUAAGAUGACUCAGAGCUGUAAACAGAUCCUCUCAUAGCAUGUUUCAUUCAUGGAAAGUUUUAGGGCACAAAGAAGUGACAUAAUUCAUUGACUCACUGCAGGAGACAGCAGUGAAACAAGUAUGUGAGGGGCCCCAAUGCAAAUAUGUUUGUGCACUUUAAUCAAUUGAUUUUUAUUUAUGUAGUGCCAAAUCACAACAAUGGUUAUCCCAAGACGCUUUCAAAAAGAGCAGGUCUAGACCUUACUCUUUGUUUGAUGUAUUACAAAGAUCCAACCUUGACAUGUGAAAAGAUUUAACCCAUCUCAACCCAACAUGAGUGAGGCUCAUUGAAGGAUUUAGUAUGUAACAGUUGAGAGAAAAAAACUUCCCUCUAGAUACCUUGAGCUGAAUCAAGAUAGAUCGAGAGGAUAGAUGGAGAUAAAGAGAAAGAGAGAGGGGGAUGGGGUGUGUGUGUGUGUGUGUGAGUGUGUGUGUGUGUGUGUGUGUGUGGGGGGGGGUAGUUUACUGGAUCAGGAAAUACAUAGUGCUGAUUGAAGUCAGCAGGCCUAAAUGUCCUUUCACACCUGGACCGUUUUUUACGUGCAAUUAUUUCGGACGCCAAUAUUUUUUUUCGUACCCGUAUCCUGUCAAUACAAGCGUUCACAUCAGCGAUGUUUUCCCGUCCUGUGAUAAUGCGGCAUUUAUUUUUUCAUAUCACGGUGGAUUUUUCUAAAGGGAUAGAGAUGCACACUGCGAUUAAAAAUGGAAACCAUCCUGGUGGAGUGGAGCAAAAGGACCCCUCGUGUUGGCAUCAUAGACUUUGGAUGUCGAUACUUCGAUAGGGAGACAUCAUUCCAUUAUUUGUCAGGACCUUGGGUUUAGCUCCUCCUGAGUGGCACCUUCACAGGCACUACAGACCCAUACCCACCACAGUCCAGCAGCUGGGAUCGGCUGGCAUACUGUAUGUUGCACAAUGGGAUAUUCAACUCCAUGAGCUUCGUCAGAGGCAAACUAAAGAUCAGCAACAAACUGUCACCCAACUGUCCUGAUUUCAUUAAACUCUGCCUCACAAAAUAAAAAAAUGCGAGGAACCCUGGAGCAGCUACGCCAACACCCUUUGCUCCAAUAACCUCCUCAUCCUCCACCAAACCUAGACGGGUUUAGUUAAGUCUGAACCUGAAUCUUUAUCUUCAUUUUAUCAUCCUCCAUCCUUCACCCGGGACGCUGUAGGAUGGUAAGGGAAGGUCCCGCCCUCCUUCUCCUCUGAUUGGCUAUAAGUGCUGACCGUUUGGCUUGAGCGUUUGCUGACAUCACCAGCUUUUCUAGCCAAUCAGAGGCGAAGUAGGCAGGACUUCCCGGGAUGCGUCUUUUUCCCCCCGGACAUCGUGCUUCACGUGUAUAGUCAGGCGCGUCAAAAUUCGCCUCCAAAUAUAUUGAAAUUUCAUGUUCUAUAUUCAUGUCGGCCCCAGUGUGUAAGGACCUUAAGUGUCAUGCGUUGCAGCUAAAGGAUCAGAUCUGACAGGUUACUUUGGUUUUGAAUUUUUGAUUUAACAAUUUUAGUUAGUACUGGACUGAUACUGACUUGGGCAUCACAAUGGUGCAAAAACUUCCAUAUGACUUGUUUCCAGCAUCAGCAUUCUUUCAUACAGCCUUAAGUGAUUCAAACUAUUUUUUCUAGGUUUACAUAUGAAGUGUCUCCUGUCUUCAUCCUCAUGGAGGACAUUCUGCUGAGGAAGAUGCAGAGUAUUGUGGGGUGGUCAGAUGAUGAGGGAGAUGGGAUCUUCUGCCCAGGUAAUUCAUUCAUAUAUGGUAAUGUAUGGACUGUUAUUGUGAUGAAAAAAUAAAAUAAAAUAAAAUAAAAAAGUGCAGAAAAGCAAAGGUGAAGACAUCUAUACUGAAUUGAUCUCACAUGUCUGGACAUGCUUGUCAUUGUUUUUGUGUAGGGAAAAACAAUGGCAGAAUGAGAAUCCCCUAAAUCUCACAUAAUUGCAGAACUUGGAAGUCACAUUUUUGACUGUAAAAACUCCACUCACGGCAUGCCCAGUAAUGACAUGGAUGCAGAUUGGCACCUGUGCAUACAUGCAGGAACACACAAACUUUUCCUUACACAUGUAGCCCACUCUUAGAUAUCCAUAUCUAGAGGCACAUAAAGUGUCAUUCAAUUCUGAUGAUGUUUUGUGGAUGAAACAGUGCUUUCAAUAAAGACCUAUGUGCACCGCACUGAAGGGGUUAAAAUUAUGCGUCGGCACAAUCUCUUGAAUCACUAUUAGUAGAGCAGAUUAGUGACAUAAUCGUUCAGUUGGUGAUACAAGCAUGAAAAUUGGCAUGAGCAUUUUCCAUGGGUCACUUGACUAGAAAAGUGUCCCAGGCAUUUGAAAUUUCAAGAUGGUGGACAUUUUAUGAGAUGGUCACCACCUAGGUGGGACAAUUAGGUGAUGUCCUUGUUAAGUUGGUGAUAUAGGCAUGAAAAUUGGUAUGAACUGUCUGCAUGAGUCCCUCAACAAGAAAAUGUUCCAAGUUGCUUGAAAUUUCAAGAUGGUGGACAUUUUGAAGAUGGCCGCCAUCUCAUUAGAGCAGUUAAAUGAUGCAAAGCUGGUGAUAUAAACAUAAAAAUUGGUAAGACCAUUCCCCAUGAAUAACCUAAUAAGAAAAUGCCCCAAGCUGCUUGAAACUUCAAGAUGAUGACCAUAAUUAAGAUUUCUUUUUAAUAUUUUGUGUUUUUCUUUUUCAUUUAGAAAUAUGUUUAAUAAGGAGCCCCUAAAGGGAUAUGGAGAAAAAAAAGAAUAUGAAAAAAAAAUGAAUGUUUUGUGUGCUCAUGUGAAAGAGGUGCAUUAUUCUCCUCUUGGAGUGGGGAUACCUUGGGGUGUAUCCCCACCAGAGAACAACGAUUGGAGCGGGAAUACACCCCAUGGUAUCCCCGCUCCAACCGUAGAACAAUGCACCUCUUUAGCGUACGCAUGUGAAUGUUUCGAGUAUGCACAUGAGUUUUAUUUCUUUUUUUGUGUCUUUCUCCAUGUCCCCUUAGGGCAAGGGUUGGCAAUUAAUUUUUACAUGGGCCACAUGAGAAACCUGAACUGUGUUGGAGGGCCAAACCAACAAUGACUUCAACUUCAAAUCGGGGGGUUCACACAUACAGAAAAGCAAGCCCAAAUAAGCAACUACUAGUUAAAAACAAGCCCAAAAAAGCACACCCACGACUCACGAGUUUUACAAGCCACCUCUGAUAGGAACAAGCCUAAAGUUGUUUAUAAUAAGUUGAUUGAGCAACUAUAAGGCGUCUAUGUAUAUUAUAUUAUGUAUUAUUAAACUUGUCUCUGUUCACGAAUGCAGAUCUAGGAUGUACGCACGUGCGUCCAAACAGAAAUAAAACAACGGCUAGGUUUUCAAAAUAAAAGCAACACACAUGUAUAGCAUGUUGACGAUUUGAUUGACGGACCUCAAGAAGGGCCGGGCAGGGACAUCCAAAGGGCCGACAUCCAGAGGGCCACAUGCGCGGGUGGCCCUCUGGCCAUAAAAUGCCCAGGUCUGCCUUAGGGGCUCUUUAGUUUGUAAUCUUUUUAUAUUUAAUGUUUUGUAUUUUUUACUGCUAAGCACUUUGAGACUGUUGACUGGAUGUAAGUAACUCAUGGAUAAUGGUCUUACUAUUUUUCAUGUUUAUAUCACCAACUUUACGACAUUUGACUGCUCUAAUGAGAUGGCGGCCAUCUUUACAAUGGCUGCCAUCUUGAAAUUUCAAGCAUCUUGGAGCAUUUUCUUGUUGAGUGACUCAUGAAGACAGUUUAUAUCAAAUUUCAUGGCUAUAUCACCAAUUUAACCAGUACAUCCACCUAGGUGGUGGCCAUCUGGAAAAAUGUCCACCAUCUUGAAAUUUCAAAUGGCUGGGACACUUUUCUUGUCAAGUGACCCAUGGAGAAUGUUCAUGCCAAUUUUCAUGCUUGUAUCACCAACUGAACGAUUCUGGCUAAAAUUUGUACUUGGCUAUCAGUAAGCAAAAUUUCGAGCCCUGGUGAUCGAGUGACUAAAAAAAAAAAAAAAAAAAAAAGGUUGCAAUAUGUUGUUAAGGUGCCACAUGGUCAAAAAACGUGUUUUUAAUGGAAGUCAAUUGUCCAUUUUGCAGACAAAGUGGGUGGAUAGAGCUAAAAUGCAGCUACAGAGUUCUACAGGCGACAAGUUUUUAUUUAUUUUAUCUUCUUUUAUAUGAAGAAAAAUAAGAACUCUUGAUGCUCCAAUCUUUAAAAAUGUGACUGUUAGCUCAAAAUAAAGAUGUAAAAAAAUGACAAAUGUCCGCAAAAUGGACAUAGUAGGAACCGUGGGUUAAAUCUUAGCAGCAUUACUUUUAUGGCUGUAACACUGUGAAUUUUUUUUUUCUUUUGAGAGCAUGCCAUAUCUGUUUUGUAAAACAUACGGUCAAUAUUGGUGUAUUUCGGGGAAGAGAAGGUUUAAUUCUGGGUAAUAUUUUAAUAACUUGAUGUUGACAAUUUUUAAAGAAGAGUGUGUUGCAGCCUUCCAACAAGAGCCUCAUAAUUUGAUAUUUUAUCCCUAUUUAACAGUUGUUGUUUUUUUACUUUAUUAAACUAAGAUUCAUUCCAAUUAAUUUAAUGUUUUUAAAUUAUUCUUCUUGGGUUAUUUUUUUAAGCAUUUUUUUAUUUUAUCACCUAAAUAAGCUGCUUUGAAAUAUUGUAAAAUGUUCAACAGAUUACUGUUUAAAAAGGAGGAAAGCUUUUGUCCAUCCACCAUUUUCCUACAUACUGCUAUGGAAUAAAUGACCCAUAUUACUACCAUUACUUCAGUGUACGUAGUACUUAAGUCAUGUAAGUUAUAUUGUGGGAGACAAUAACUCCCCUAUAAAGGACAUAUCAAUAGUCUUUACGAAAGUGAAUAGUGAGUGAUCUUGGACCCAGCAAAGGUUUUAAACAGUCGAUAGUAUGUUUGCAUGAAUUUAUCAGCUUAUACUUUUAGUCAGCUGGUCUGUAAAUAAGUCAGUAUUUGUAAAGUUCCUUUGUAGUUACAUGAUAAGUGUUUAUUUUGCUUCAGUACAGACUCUCACUGUGUUGAAUCAGCUGGUUUGUAAACUCUCUCUCUUCUGUUUGUGAAGGAGGAACAAUCUCCAACCUGUACAGCAUCCUGGUGGCCAGAUUUCACUUCUACCCCGAGGUGAAGACCAGAGGGAUGGGAGCCUUGCCAAGACUGGCCCUCUUCACCUCACAGCAUGUAAGCACAUUGUACUUUUUGUACAUAUUUUUGAUCUUUUCCAUGUUAGCACACUUUGGGUUUGAUAUGACUUGAUUUUCAGUUUCUCAAAGGAGACCCAUACUCAUUUUCCAUUUGCACUUAGAUGGUCAAUUUGUUCUUCAGCCUUCAGUUCACUGUUCAGCUCUAAUAUGAGCAUCUCAAUUUUGCAUCAGGUUAAUCACCAAGCACCUCAGAUCAGCCUGUGGACACAGUUGUGUGUAGGGUUUAUUAUUUCAGCUUCAGCAGCUAACACAGUGUGUUGUGAUCAGGUAAACAGAUCCUGUGGACUGUGGGUUGUGUAAUUAUGCUGUAAAGAAUACUGAGAGCUGAAAUGUUAUGUCGUUACACACCAAUGGGUCAGCAAAGUGAUGCGAAAAAGCGACGGAAAAAUGCGAAAUAUUCAGCUUACACCUUUUCCUACACACACACACACCUGUGACGUGAAUAAAAUUAGCAUAUUAGCAUAAACACGCUACGGGAGAACAGAGGAGGAAAGGGAAGAAGGAGAAACGAUGGCGACUACAUCCUCAAGUGAUGAUGACCUGGUCAUGGUUGUUAGCCUAUUAAAUAACAAAUAGAAAAAGAAGAAUCCAAGUGUCUGGGUACAUCCAAUACUGACCUUGUGACAGGAAUUCAAAUUGUAUCCUCAGAAAUUCUGACAAUACUUCAGGAUGUCCCUCGGACAAUAUCAAGAACUGCUCCAUCAGCUGAUUCCACGUUUACAGGAGAGGACAAAUAACAGAGAGCCGAUUGGUCAAGAGCAAUGGCUUGCCACAUUUCUGAGGUAAGAUUUAUAUUAGGUUAUAUCUUUAUAUAGCAGUUUGUCUGCAAAUGUUUGCAAAAUUCGCUACAGGGUCGAAAAAAUUAGAGUCGCUUUUUUGCUCUGCAGAAGUUCGUAGCUGGUUUGGAAGCUUGCAUUGACUUAAUGAAGUUGAAAGAAAAAGGGUAUUAUUUGCUCCCCAAAUUUGCUUUGUUAAUUUACUGGUGUGUAACGACCUUUAAGGUCCUUUCAAACUGGGACCAUUUUUGUUGUGCGAUUAUUCCGGAUGUCAAUAUUUUUUCCCGAACCCGUAUUCUGUCAUUACAAGUGUUCACAUCAGGGACAUUUCACCGUUCUGCGAUUUUGCGGCAUUAAUUUUUUCGUAUCACGGUCGAUUUUUCUAAAGUUUCACAUACUGCGUGUCCACUUCUGACCAAUCAAAUUGCGUGUUGUUGAGACGACAGAUUCACCGGUAUAUCCAACAUGGCCGACUGGCUGAUUGUUUGCAUGUCGGAGAACAGAGUGUUUUUUGAUAAAAGACACAAACAUUACAAAGAUACCAGCCUGAAGGACAACAUGUGGAGAGUCAUAGCGUCGGAUCUCUCAUAUGACGAUGGUUUGUGUGCUUUAACAGUUUGCUAGACGUCUUUGUUUUAACUUUCAUCUGUGCUAACGUAUGCUAAAGGUUAUUACCAUUGUUUCAUGUGCUUUUCUUAUGGCCUCUGAUUGGCUAUAAGUGCUGAUGAUCUGGCAUGAGCGUGUAAUGACGUUUCUAGCUUUUCUAGCCAAUCAGAGGCAAAGGAGGCGGGACUUUCCCUGGGAUGCACCUUUUUCUAGUGUAUAGUCAGGUGCGUCAAAAUUCGCCUCAGGAUAUUUCGUAAUUUCAUGUUCUGUAUUCGUGUCGGCCCCGGUGUGUAAGGACCUUUACUCAGAAGACACUCUUCCUUUCAGCUUUUCUGAUUCAAAUGAGUAAAAUGGGUUUUAGUGCUCAGUGAGGCAGGAACUCCAGAGGUACAUGAUGCAAACUGCAGCUGUAUGUGAGUCACCGGUUUCCCUCAGGUUCAGAAAAGUCCUGGUGAUACCAAGUCCCACUCCUGACAGCAAGGGUUUUGGGAUUAUGACAGGCUCACAGAUUACACAUCUGGACUUCCAAAUACAUUCUUCUGAAUAUUUAUAGCUUCUCCUUGUACCACUUGUGUUGAUGCAAUAGCUGUCAAGUAUCCCAUUUUGGCCAGGAAACUACCGUAUUUUACCCCUCUUUCCCUGUCUUCCCAUAUUAGUAUUCUUCUGUAAAUCUUUAAUCUUAUAAUACAAAGAAAAAAAAAUACCACUCUUCCUCUCUAAGCUGAACUCUGUCAUUAUCACACACAUAUUUCUUGCAUCAGUUGUACUGUGUAGACCUUCUGUAGGUAUUAUGCAAUGAAUUCUUCCUGCACAGUUUGAGGGUUUUCAGCUGAUGAAAGGAUGGAAGUUUGAUGCUGAGUUAGGUAAUAGUUUUUGAACAAUACGGUCCUGGUUUCUAGCCCAGUUUCAGGUGCACUGUUUUUGUCAGAGUCGUAUCCUAACCUGAGUCAUGAUGCUGUGCGUAUUCAGUCUCAUCUGACAUGUGCACCUGGGACCUCUUCCCUCUUCAAACUAAACAAUCCAGCCACUUCUGUCCACUGAAUGAGCCAUGUACCUGUUUGGAGUGAGAUGAAUGGAGAUGAUUGUUUGUCUUUUUAUCCGUUCAGAGUCACUAUUCAGUAAAGAAAUCUGCAGCCGUGCUGGGGAUGGGCAGUGAGAAUGUGUUUGUGGUGAAAUGUGAUGAAAGGUGGGUAAGUAAGACAUUCUUUUUUUUAGUCAAUACAAUACAAUGCACGUCAAAAGAGAUGUUUACUCACCUGUUGCAGCUUUAGCUUAGAGUGUAUUUUCCAAGGCAAUUUUCUCAUGCACUAAUAAACAUGCUUCAAGUGUUUAAAAGACAGUGAGCAUUGAAACUGAUUUUUCGUUUUUGCUCUUGAGACAAAUAUUUAAUAUAUAUCUAAUGAAGAUUGUAGUAUCACAUGCAGGAUAAAAGAUUUAAAGAAUAAUAAAAAGGUGAUAACAUUUGCUUAACUGCAGGAAAAACAUGAUACUAUUUUAAAGGUCUUUGAUUAAAAUACAUGGCAUACCCCUUGUAGAAGUGUAGUGGGUGUGUUGUUUACUGACUCUGUUUUUAUUUGGUCCUUUAGAGGGAAAAUGAUCCCUGAUGAACUGGAGUCCUCUAUUGCUAAAGCUAAAAACAAGGUAAGAAUGAAGGGGGAGCAAGUCAAGAGAAAUAAUCUCAGGGCUUUUAUCAGUGUGUGUAAAAACCAACAAUGAAAGGCGAUCUGUUAAACAGAUUGCAUUUGCUGCUUUUAUUCUGUCAGUCAUCUUGAAACACCUUAUUCAUCUCAGAAUGGCAUCUGUGAAAACCUUCAUUCGAGCUUCAGUCAGCCUUUGCUUGCAACACUAAGGCUAUGUUCACCCUACAGGUCAAAUCCGAUUUUUUAACCAUAUGUGACUCAUAUCUGAUUUUUUCAUGUAAGUGUGAACAGUGCAAUUCUGAUUUUUUUAAAUCUGACCCAGGCCUCUUUUGUAUGUGGAUCUAAAUCAGAUAUGUAUCCGAUGUGACUGCAGUGAAGAUGCUCAGGUCGCGUUCAACGACCUAUAAGUCAUCAAUAUGCGACAAAUGUCACCAUUGUUCAACAACACAAACAGGCGCACAAAGCAAUGGCGGACUAGGGAAUGGAGAACAGCGUCACGUCCUGCUUUGUGCGCAUGCGGGUCACUUCACGGACUCAUUCCGUUCACAUUAGAUGUUGCAUUCUUUGUUGUAUUGUGAACGACCGCACAAAGAGAUCAGAUUUAACAAAAAAAUCUGAAGUGUGCAUCAUAACCUGAAGUGUGAACAUAGCCUUAAUUUUGGAUGCUUUCACACUGAUAGAGUCAAGGUCCUUUAACACCGGGACCAUUUUUGUCGUGUGAUUAUUUCGGACGUCAAUAUUUUUUUUAGAACCCGUAUCCUGUCAAUACAAGCGUUCACAUCAGGGACAUUUCCCCGUUCUGCGAUAUUAUGGCAUUUUUUCGGAUCAAGGUCGACUUUCCUAAAGCUUCGCAUACUGUGUGUCCACUUCUGACCAAUCAGACUGCGUGUUGUUGCAAUGUCUGAUUCACCAGUAUAUCCAACAUGGCUGACCUGCUGAGUGGGUGGGAGAACAGAGUGUUUUUUGAUAAAAGACCCCAUUAUUACAAAGAUAACGACCUGAAGGACAACUUGUGGAGAGUCAUAGUGGCGGAUUUCUCAUAUGACGAUGGUUUGUGUGCUUUAACAGUUUGCUAAACGUCUUUGUUUUGACUUUCAUCUGUGCUAACGUGAGCUAAUGGUUGUUACCAUAGUUUAAUGUGCUUAUCUGGUACUGGCCCCAACUCAGUACAUGCUAUCAUGAUAGAAAGCCGCCCUCCUUCGCCUCUGAUUGGCUAUAAGUGCUGACCAUUUGGCUUGAGCGUCUGAUGAUGUUUCCAGCUUUUCUAGCCAAUCAGAGGCGAAGGAGGCGGGACUUUCCCCAGGAAAAGUUUUCCCCGGGAUGCGUCUUUUUCCCCCCGGAAAGUUGCAAAAUCACAUCAGGCUUGAUGUGUAUAGUCAGGAGCAGAAAAAUUCGCCUUCGAAUAUUUCGUAAUUUCGCGUUCUAUAUUUGCGUCGGCCCCGGCCUGUAAGAACCUAUAGACAAAGCUUUGUGGUGUUACUUUUUACACAGCAUUUACAAAAAGACCUGAAGGUUAUACCUUUCCAGGAGUGUCUGAGGCUAGCCUUGUAAUCUCCCUAAAGUUUUAUUAAGCACUUUUCUGACUGUCACAGCAACAUCUGUGUUUCUCAUGCUUUGAAAAGAUUUAGCAAGAAAAACCUACAUUGCAUCAUUAUGUGGAUGUAUAAAAAAAAGAUGUGUUUUCGGUAAUGAAUAUCCAUCACUUAAGUUCCAAAGCCUAGACUACAUGGCUCCUAAUAUCACCCACAACCUUAACAUGAAAACAGAUGGGAGUACUCUACCUCUCAGUAAGACAAAUCCACAGUUUAGGAAUCAUUUACUUAAAUAAAUUAUUCAUCUGUUCAUCUCUACAGGGUCUGGUUCCCUUCUAUGUGAAUGCAACAGCAGGAACCACAGUGUACGGCGCCUUCGAUCCUUUCAAUGACAUUGCAGAUAUCUGUCACAGACACACACUGUGGAUGCAUGUGGAUGUAAGCCCUCCAUUACUCUCUCUUUCUCCAUUUUCUCACUGUUUUUCAUAGGUCCCCUUUUUUAUACACAAGGAUCAGUGCAUAUCAAAAGAGACUUAGGUUACCCCCAGUCACCCUUCAGUUCUCAUCACCCACAAAAUAUCAACCAGGAGUCACAUGAUCCAGAGAUACUGUAUAAUGUAAUGUCACAGGUACACAUACAGUGGAUAUGAAAAGUCUACACACUCCUGUUCAACUACAAGGUUUUCAUGAUGUAAGAAAAUGACAGCAAGAUAAAUAUUUUUACAACUUUUUCCACCUUUAAUGUGACCUAUAACCUGUACAACUCAAUAAAAAAAAACCUGAAACCUUUAAGUGGAAAAAUAAAAAAUAAAAAAGUUAAAAUAACCUGGUUGCAUAAAUAUUCACACCCUGAAACUAAUACUUUGUUGCAGCAUCUUUGGCUUUUAUUACAGCACUCAGUCUUUUUGGGUAGGAGUCUAUCAGCGUGGCACAUCUUGAUGGGGCAAUAUUUAUCAAUAUUCAUCUCCUGUGCACAGCCCUCUUCAGAUCACCCCACAAAUGUUCGAUGGGAUUCAGGUCUGGACUCUGGCUGGGCCAUUCCAAAGUCUCAAUCUAAUUCCGGUGAAGCCAUUCUUUUGUUGAUUUAGAUGUGUGCUUUGGGUCAUUGUCGUGCUGAAAGAUGAAGUUCCUCUUCAUCUUCAGCUUUCUAACAGAAGGCCGAAGGUUUUGUGUCAACACUGAGUGGUUUUUGGAACUGUUCAUAAUUCAUAAUCAGAGGCACUUUAAUUGGUGACAGGUGUGUGCUGACUCCAAUUUAACCUGAGUUUGAAUGUUUUUGGUUAAAUCUGAACACAGCCACAUCCCCAGUUAUUAAAGGGUGUGCACACUUAUGCAACCACAUGAUCUCAGUUGUUUAUUUUUACUUCACCUCCCUGAAAGAUUUCUGUUUGUUUUUCAAUUGCAUUGUACAGGUUAUAGGUCGCAUUAAAAGGUGGGAGAAGUUGUGAAAUUAUUUAUCUUGAUUUAAUUUUUUUACAUGACAAAAACCUGGCAGUUGAACAGGGGUGUGUAGACUUUUUAUAUCCACUGUAACAAUGACUGUCUCUCUCUGUGGUUGGAGGCAGCCUGUAUGACUCAUUACCUCAAGACAAAUGAGUUUUAUUUAUGAAUCCAUAACCAUAAAACAAACUGCUCCUCAGGGGACUUCCUGACAGCAAACAGCCACAGACCCUGCAGCAGCUGACAUGAAAAUAUCAGGUGUGCGAGUGUUUAGAGUCUGUUAUUGAUUCUGAGUCUAUCUCUUCAGGCGGCGUGGGGCGGAGGCCUGCUGAUGUCAGACCGACACAGGACAAAACUACAGGGCAUUGAACGGUAACCAUGGCAACACACAACAUAAACACUACACACUGUAACUUUGAUGUGGUAUUCCACUCUGAAACCUUUAACUUACUUUGUGUUUUUUGUUACUUCACAACAGCAGACAAUGAACCAAGCAGAAAAAUCUGCAUAAAUAACCCUGAGUUCGAACCCUUGAUGGAUUUUACUAGAAAACUCUACCAGUCUGAUUGAUCCUAAUUACACUUUUGAUGUGUAAUUUUACAGAGGCUUUGUGUUUGUUACGUGGUUUCUUUUCUUGCUAUGACGGACAAACAAUAGUUUUCAAGAAAUGUACCUAAAGAAUAAUAGUUAGUUUAUCCACGCCUGAAGCCAGGAUUUCACUUUUAAUGGCUCAUUUUUUAAGUGGGCUGGACUGCGAUAUUAAUCCAGGUCUUGGGGAAGUUUAAUUCAGAGUGAAUCAGGCAUUAAAGCUCAAAAACUCUGAUUUUUACUGAUUGUUUUCCUGACAGUGAUUCUCUUUAAAGCUCCUGUGAAGAACUUUUGAUUUGUGUUCAUCUUGGUGCCCCAUGUGAAGAAAGCAGCGAAAUUAUGAAACAGGGCUACUAUAGCAGAUACCAACCCUCUUCCCCCAAUUUCAGACAUUAAAAGUUGUCAGUUUCGUCAACAGUUGUCUCAUUUGCUUUAAUCCAUUAAAACUCGAACCCUGUCUGAGACAUGCCUCUGAAAUCCAGAGGGCAAUUUUGAGAAGGGCCCCCAGAUUUGUUUCUAUCCGCCUUUGUAGCAGAUAGAAACAAAAUUCAAAAAGUAUUUGAGAGCUUACACAUGUGGCAUUCAAGAAAACCUUAUUGAAAACCUUGAACAAACAAACUCAAAAGAAGUAAAGCGGUUGUAUAAAGACUCUGCACUGGCGAAUAACAAACUAUUUGCUUUCUGUAAAACAAGUGGCAGUCAUGAUAAAGUGUCCAUUCAAUACAAAUGUAAAUAUAAGAAAUAAAGUCUUGAAAGGGUAUGUAGCUGCCCUAGUAUAGUGCCAGUACAAAAGCAGCUCUAAAAACUAAAAAAAAUAAAUACAUCAAUAAAUACGUGGCUGACAGUGUGUUCAUCUCUGUGCUCACCCAAAGUCAUGCAACACUCAGAAAUUGUCGAUAGUGUGAGCCAAAGCACUCAAUAUUAAGAGGUUGUUCACACUACUUGACAAUUCUCCUCCGAAGCUGCUCUCUGCCUCCGUCAUUGUUUACUUUCCUCACAACACACGUUGCAAAAUCUGAGUAUGAAUCAGAUUGCUUUAUUCGCCUAACAGAGGCAGACGGGUAUGAUUAUUUGAUUCCCUACGAUUCCAGAAAUGAUUCAAAACUACAGAAUGUUACAAAAUGAUGUAUCCACGCACCCGGCUUAAAGGGUAGACAUGAGCAGCCACGUUCCUGGCUUGGAAGGUUGAAAUGCAUACAUGCUGUCCCGGUUUAAAUAGGUUAAGUCAGGGGUUCUCAACCUUUUGUGAGCUGGGCCCCCCCAAAGGUGAUUAAAUGCAGUUAUUUUAUAUUUUUUGAGGUCACGUUUCCUCCGUUAUUUUAUGUCAGAUCUCCAUUAAACUGCGGUGUGCUGUGAUGAGCUGCUGUGAAAGCUGUAGCUUUGUGAACACAGGUGGGUCUGUGUGGAUGAGAGGAGACAGGUGUGUAGAUGAGGGAGAUUCUGGUGAAGAAGUUUAUACAGUUUAUACCGAUGUUUACUUCAGAUCACUGCUCUGUGUGUGUGCACGUGCGUGUGUGACGCUGUGAAGGAUCCUGGGUGUGUGAGCCUCUCUCCCUGUGGUGACUGAUCCUCACUUGUCGGUCGAAGCAGGAUGCUUGUCCUGCUUACUUAGUCGUUUGAGUGGCUGGGGCAAAAUAGUAGGAAACUUUUAUUGACACUUGCCAUGCCAUGCUGCAGCUUCUGGAUGAGGUCGACUGUAAAUUGGCCUAUUUCCAACUGCUUGGGACUCUGCUACAUCUCCUUUGUACUAAUAGUCGGUGAGUGUUAUGUGCAUCACUCAUUUCUAUCUGAUUUAGGGAUGAUUUAUGACAUUAAAGAACAACUCAGUGGGAUUCUGUUUAAUUUAAUAUAAUUUGAUUUGAUUCAAAGUAAAUUAGUAAUGGAAACACAAAUAUUUUUCUUUGAAUACAUGUGUACAAAUCAAGGAUGAGACACUGAAGAUAGUAUGUUCAUUAGGACAACAGCACAGACUGACUGAAGUGAUAAAAUAAUAAAUGAUCUGAAGUCUUCAUCACACAGAGGCACAGAGCAGAAGGUCAGGGCUCACAAGAAUAAAAGAGUACCAGUUUACCUACAGUAGAUAUAAAAAGUCUACACACCCCUGUUCAACUGCCAGGUUUUUGUCAUGUAAAAAAAUAAAUCAAGAUAAAUAAUUUCACAACUUCUCCCACCUUUAAUGUGACCUAUAACCUGUACAACACAAUUGAAAAACAAACAGAAAUCUUUCAGGGAGGUGAAGUAAAAAUAAACAACAGAGAUCAUGUGGUUGCAUAAGUGUGAACACCCUUUAAUAACUGGGGGUGUGGCUGUGUUCAGAUUUAACCAAUAACAUUCAAACUCAGGUUAAAUUGGAGUCAGCACACACCUGUCACCAAUUAAAGUGCCUCUGAUUAACCCCAAAUUAAGUUCAGCUGUUCUAGUUGCUUUUCCUGACAUUUUUGUAGCCACAUCUUCCAGCACAAGUCAUGGUCCGCAGAGAGCUUCCAAAGCAUCAGAGGGAUCUCAUUAUUCAAAGAUAUCAGUCAGGUGAGGGCUACAAAAGAAUUUCCAAGGAAUUAAAUAUACCAUGGAACACAGUAAAGACCGUCAUCAUCAAGUGGAGAAAAUAUGGCACAACGGUGACAUUACCAAGAACAGGACGUCCGUCCAAAAUUGAUGAUAAGACAAGAAGAAAACUGGUCAGGGAGGCUACCAAGAGGCCGACAGCAACACUGAAGGAGCUGCAGGAAUUUCUGGCAAGUACUGGCUGUGUAGUACAUGUGACAACAAUCUCCCACUGUCUUUAUAUGUCUGGGCUAUGGGGUAGGGUGGCAAGAUGGAAACCUUAUCUUACAAAGAAAAACAUCAAAGCCCGGCUUAAUUUUGCAAAAAGACAUCUGAAAUCUCCCAAACGCAUGUGGGAAAAUGUGUUAUGGUCUGAUGAAACCAAAGUUGAACUUUUUGGGCAUCAUUGCAAAAGGUAUAUUUGGCGCAAAAUCAACACUGCUCAUCACCAAAAGAACACCAUACCUACAGUGAAGCAUGGUGGUGGCAGCAUCAUGCUUUGGGGCUGUUUUUCUUCAGCUGGAACUGGUGCCUUAGUCAGAGUGGAGGGAUUUAUUAACAGUUCCAAAUCCAGUCAGUGUUGGCACAAAACCUUCAGCCUUCUGCUAGAAAGCUGAAGAUGAAGAGGAACUUCUUCUUUCAGCACAACAAUGACCAAAAGCACACAUCUAAAUCAACAAAAGAAUGGCUUCACCAGAAUAAGAUUGAGACUUUGGAAUGGCCCAGCCAAAGUCCAGACCUGAAUCCCAUCGAACGUUUGUGGGGUGAUCUGAAGAGGGCUGUGCACAGGAGAUGCCCUCACAAUCUGUCAGAUUUGGAGCGGUUUUGCAAAGAAGAGUGGGCAAAUAUUGCCACAUCAAGAUGUGCCACACUGAUAGACUCCUACCCAAAAAGACUGAGUGCUGUAAUAAAAGCCAAAGGUGCUGCAACAAAGUAUUAGUUUAAGGGUGUGAAUAGUUAUGCAACCAGGUAAUUUUAACUUUGCUGUUUUUUUAUUUUUCCCCUUAAAGGUUUCAGUUUGUUUUUCAAUUGAGUUGUACAGGUUGUAGGUCACAUUAAAGGUGGAAAAAGUUGUAAAAAUAUUUAUCUUGCUGUCAUUUUCUUACAUCAUGAAAACCUGGCAGUUGAACAGGGUUGUGUAAAUAAGCCCCUUGCUCUGUACUUCAUCCUUCAAGUCAGAUGCAGUUUUUUCGUCUCCAGGUGCACCGCAGGGUUUGUGGUUUCUAACUCAUGCAGUACUAUGUACUAUGUGUGCUUCUCAGGGCCUCGUCUGUAACAUGGAAUCCUCACAAGAUGAUGGGAGUCCCCCUGCAGUGCUCUGCCAUACUGGUCAAGAUGAAAGUGAGAGAUGCCAACAAUGAGAUGAACACAGAUAUUUCUACCUUUUUAAAUGCUUGUUAUUCAGAGAUUGAAAAAAGAGGGUCUGUUUUGUGUUGUGCGUUUCUUUGGUGCAGCAUACACCACAUUUUAAUGGUUGAUGUGUCCCUCUGUACACAGGGUCUCCUACAGGAGUGUAAUGAGUUGGGGGCUGAGUACCUCUUCCAGACAGACAAACCAUAUGAUGUGAGCUAUGAUACUGGAGACAAGAGCAUCCAGUGUGGCCGACAUGUCGAUGCCUUCAAACUUUGGCUUAUGUGGAAAGCAAAGGUAAUCCUGUACUGGAUCAGAGUCAUCCUAGUGUUACACCGAUUUUUAUCUUCCUUUUUUUACCUUCUGGCUGUUUUCACAAAGUGGAGGCAGCAGGCAACAACUUGCCAUUUUUCUUAAAUAUGUAAAAUCAAUCAAAGUCUACAAUGGUACCACAUUUGGCAAAGACUUUUUCAGGAUACCGGAUAUCAGAUGUUUUAAAUUUGAUGAAGCUUGGUUAAAAAAUGAGCCUGCAGUAAUAAAAAGAGUCUUACUGUAAUAUUAAAACAAUUUUUGUCACAGAUUUGAUGGAUGAUGCUGAUUCUUUGCUUUUUAGAUUUUUACGUCUGAUGGCCAUAUACACUUAAGUGCUUUUAAAAUAUUGCUGUUUUACAAUGUUUCGUAUCUGUUUGUUCCAUGGGCUGAUCUUUCAGGGCUCAGAGGGUUUUGGAUCUCAGAUCAACAAAUGUUUGGAGAAUGCAGAGUAUCUGUAUGAUCAGCUGCAGAGGAGGACAGACUUUGAGCUGGUCUUCAGACACAAAGUAAGACUUAAUAUACACCGCUUGGAUCAUUCUGUGUGCCAUGUUUCAUUUACUAUUAUUAUAUCACUUUUUAUGAGGAUUUUUAUUUUAAAAUAUCUUAACACAUCAGUUUGUGUAAGAGGUUUUGUCUCAUUUUCAAGCACAGAUCAAUGGUGUAAUAUGGAUUCGGAUAGGCGUGAAUGCAUAUUUGCUUAAUAGACAGCAGUUCAAAGCAGGAUCACGGCAUUUCAUCAUCAUGUCAAGUCCUUGAAACAGUAGGAGUGCUGUAAAGUGGUCAACACCUUACUGACUCUCAUACUCUCAGAUUUUAUGGAAGAUCUUUUUUUUUCUGUGAAACCAGAAACAUUCAUAAAAAUUAACUAUUGGGCUUAAAGAUCCCCUAUUAUGGCUUUUUUAAACAAGUUUAAAUUGGUCCCAGAGGUCCCACAAUAGUAAAUUUAAAUAAGUUAAAUAAGCAAACCUGUACAACUCUAAGCCAAUAAUUUGUUAUAGAUAUUUGGGACACUAACAGCAAAUCUUUUAGUAUAAAUUUGCAGCAUUAAACUUGUUAGGUAAAGAAUGUUAUCAGGUAUUUGUUUAGAGUUUUUAUGUACAUGUUUUCAGAUUUUGGUCUUUGAUUUCAUGAAUCAUAAGUCAGUUCUCACCUGGUACACCUGCUCUGUGUCUCUCACAGCCGGAGCACAGCAAUGUUUGUUUCUGGUACAUUCCCCCCAGCCUAAGAGGACUUCCACCUGGACCUGAACGAGACUCCAGACUCAAUCAGGUCAGUACAGCUCUUGAGUCCUGCUCAGUAAGGAUCCGGAUCAAUGCUCCUGACUAAUAUUGUAUCUCCUGGUGAUGUCUGCGCAGGUGGCCCCUCAGAUCAAAGGCAGGAUGAUGGAGAAAGGCUCUGUCAUGAUUGGCUAUCAGCCGCUGGGGGACAAAGUCAAUUUCUUCAGAUGUGUGUUUUCCAAUCCUGCCACACAGCAAGAGGACAUUGACUUUCUACUGGAUGAGAUCGCUUGGCUGGGUCAUGACAUUUGA